AUGAUUCUUCCAGGAGACGGAGAGUACAGAGCAGCGGUGGUUCGCCCAACUGUGAACUCUCUUGUAACGGCAGUGGUCGAAUACGUAGCCCAGACCCACGCUAUUUUACGCAUAAAAAUGGUCAAUGGAGUCCCCUCGAUAAAUUCCCUCGCUAUUUUGCACAGGGAGGAUGCUCUAUACGGGAUAAAAGACAGCGCAAAAAUGAACAGGCUUUUUUCAACGGGAGAUACCGUAUACGGCCGAAUAGUCUCAUUCAGCGACUCUGGGCACGCUGUAAUAGCGACAGCAGAGGAAACACAAGGUGUAGUGCGAGCAGUCGAUUUCAGUACGCUUUUAGAAAUAAAACGCGUAAAGGGAAAAUUCGUGCAGGGAAAGACUGUGCUGGAGAGAAAGGCUGCCUCCAUCGGCAUAUAA